AUGCACCCGCACACCCUCCUCUCGGACAGCGCGCCCGACUCCUCCUCCGAUGCUCCCACGCUCGAAAGCCUGCCUCCAGAACUGAUUGCCGCCAUCGGCGCGCAUGUAAAGCUGCCGUGGCUCGGCCGCUUUGCGUGCUGCUGCGCAGCUGUUGCCGGAGCCGUCCGCCAAGCCGAGGAGGCCUGGGCGGCCGUGUGGGCCUCCUUGACCGGUGGCGUGGCGCCCGCUCCGCUCGGCGCCCGCGCGGCGGUCCGGUCCUUGCUCACGCUCGACCAGGCUCACUGGCGCUCGCUGCCCGGAUCGAGUGGCGAAGCACCGGACUGGCGGCAGCACGGCUGCGUCCUCACCUGCAGCGGCGGCACGCGGCUCAUCCUCUUUGGAGGGCGCGACGGCCGCCGCUUCUUCUGCGACACGUGGGCUUGCGACCUGGCAUCCGGUGCCUGGGUGCGGGUGGCGGCCCAUUCGGACGCUCGCUGCCCGUCGCCGCGAUGCUUCAACAGCGACUCUGGCGGCGGGCGCGUGCUGCGGAGCGGCGAGGAGGAGUGGGCAGUCUUGCACGGGGGCCUCUGCGCGCCUGGCUACCGCGACAGCCAGACCUGGCUCCUCGGCCCGCUGUCGCACCCGCCGGAGGAGUGGUCCUGGCUGCCCGCCUCUCCGCCAGAUCACGUCGAGGGAGCUGCGCCGGUGGCUCGCUUUCACCACACCCUGACUCUGCUCCCGCGCCGCGAGGCCGCGGGCGACGACUCGCUCGCCCUGCUCGGCGGGCACGACCGCACCAUCUCCCCGCUCCUCGACCUCCGCCUCUUCUCCCUCCGGCACGCCUCCCUCCCGCGCAAAGCAAGCGGCGUAGCGGCCGCCUCUGUCUCCGUUGGCUGGAGCAGAUCUACGCACGUCCUCGGGCCGGCGCCGUCGCCUCGCGCCUUCCACUCCGCGGCCCACUACGACCACCCCGCCGCCGGGAGGGGCCUCCUCCUCGCUUGCUGUGGGCUGGGGCCUGCGGCGGGCGGGGAGGAGGUGUUCGCGGCUCUCGACGACACGUGGGCCUUCGACCUCAGCUCCGGUCGGUGGCUCGAGCUGGCCGCCAGGCUGCCGCAUGGCUUCGCCCGCUCCCGCGCCGCCCUCGCCGUCUCUCGCGACCGCCUCCUCCUCGCCGGAGGAUGCAGAGCCCGGGCUCCCGCCCUGGCGACCUACCUCCCCCUCACGCCGGGCCCCGCCUUCGACGACGUCUCCUCCAGUCGGAGCUAG